CACUCAAUACAAUACUACAUUAGUGUGAAAACUAAAAUAAUAUUUAAACUAGAAAAUAAUAAGUCUAAAUAAAUAAACCAUUUGCACCCUGAUGAGUUGAAGAUGCAACAACAUCUGACAUCAUUUGCAUUCAAAUGAGCUCAAGCUGCCCCAAACUGACUUCCUCACUGACAGUGAGAGCAGGAAGUGUGAAGACUUCUUGUGUUUCUGCAGUAUUUUAGUCGUGUGAUAUCUAGUUUGAAACAACAACAACUCAGCUUGUUUUUAUAUUACAACGGCUUAGCAGGGGAGUCACUGUUGCAGUUCUGCUGAAAUUCACAAAUUCCAUGAUUUUAAAACAAAUUAUUUCUCUGUUUCAGCUGUAGGCUCGUUUGGUAAGGUAAAAUGUUUCUGCUUUUCAUGUUUGUGCUUUCUAAUAAUAAUUAGAAAGAAAACUGAAAUUUUGGUUUAGCAGAAAUGAGCCUCACAGAAAUAAGAAGUUGCUUCAGCAACAUUUUAUUUUAACUACAUCAUAAACUCACGCUGGAUCAUUUUGAUUUUAUAUUGAAACUUUUCUCAGUUCAGCUCUGCAGAUAUUAUUAUUCACUGCUUAUAACACAGUAACAUCUGGUUGUAGAUGGCAAGUUCCUGUGUGAAUUUGAGUUUGCUUUAAAAGAUCAUGAAUGCUUUGAUUAAAAUAUUGAAAAGUAACUUUUGUUUUCAUAACCAGGUGAUGAGUGUCAUUGCAGUCCUGUCUGUGAAUAUGGUGACAGCCAACAUGUUACUGAGUGUCUUCUUUCUUUCAGGUGUUUGGGCUGAUUGUCCUCAACAGCCAGCAGGCCUCUUCAUCACUGCACCACAGAAGAUGGAAGCACUGAGUGGCUCUUGUUUGCAAAUCCCAUGUAGCUUUAGUGCUAAAGCAGAACAAGAGUUUGACAGCAGCAGAGAAACCUUCGGAGUGUGGAUUAAAAAUGACACCAGGUUUGGCAUCAAUUCAAACAAUGUGAUUUUCAACAGUAGCAGGACAGUUAACAUCUAUCCAAUGAGGAUUACUGGAAACCUGAGUCAGAAAAACUGCACCACUCUGUUUUCCAGUUUACUCACAAGUUAUACAAACAUAUACUUCUUCAGAAUAGAGAACAAACCAUUCAUGUCGACAGCAUCUUGUGAUCCUCUUCAAAUAACAGUUAAAGAUUCUCCUCCGAGCCCCAGAAUUGAGAUCCCAGCUGAUCUGAAGGAGAAGCAGUCUGUCACUAUAACCUGCUCAGCUUCCACUCCCUGUCCACACUCCCCUCCUAAACUCACCUGGAACCUCCAACAAGACUCUCACAGCAACACAGAGGAAAACACAGAUCGAACCUUUACAACUAAAAUCCAGGAGACCAUCACUCUGUCAGACCAACAUGAUGGAUACAACAUCACCUGUUCAGCCAGAUAUCCUGUGAAUGAAGGAAAAGAUGUCAAGACAGCAGAGGAGAGAAAGACUCUCAGUGUUUCAUAUGCUCCUAAAAACACCUCAGUGUCCAUCAGUCCAUCAGGUUUGGUGUCAGCAGGUAGCUGGGUGAACCUGACCUGCUCCAGCAGAGCCAAGCCUCCCGUCAGCCGCUUCACCUGGUUCAAGAGCAGCACAGAUGGACCCAUGACUGUAUCUGAAGGAGAGGUUUACAUCUUCAAGGUGACCAGUGUCACUGAUGGAGGAGUUUAUUACUGUGUGGCCACAAAUGAUCUCGGUAAUCAGACGUCAUCAGAGAUUCAUUUGAAAACUGUAGAUGCUCCUAGAGACACCUCAGUGUCCAUCAGUCCAUCAGGUUUGGUGUCAGCAGGUAGCUGGGUGACCCUGACCUGCUCCAGCAGAGCCAAGCCUCCCGUCAGCCGCUUCACCUGGUUCAAGAACAGCACAGAUGGACCCAUGACUGUAUCUGAAGGAGAGGUUUACAGCUUCAAGGUGACCAAUGUCACUGAUGGAGGAGUUUAUUACUGUGUGGCCACAAAUGAUCUCGGUGAUGAAACAUCAUCAGAGAUCCAUCUGACUGUUGAAGAUUAUCCAGAGUUUGGGGUUGAUGUCUACGUUACAGUGAAGAUCCUGGGAAUCGUAAUGCUCUACAGUACAAUCAUCAUCUUUGAGUGGUGGUUUAGAUCAAGAUGCUGCAACAAACUGUGAAGGACGCAGUAGAAGCAGAUGAUGUCAACAGAGUGACAGAGAUUCAAGCAUCAUGAAGGGGAAGAGGGAGAUGUCAUGUUCACCAUAAAUGCAAUAUUUCGCUCUUUCUUAUUCAUCUAAUUCUGAAAUAUUUCACUUUGCAGAAGCUCAAUAAGAUGAACAAAGGAUGGAGUGCAAACAGGGCCAAGUGUUUUAUUUCAUUUUAUGGAAGCUACGGUGUAAUAUAUAUUAGUCAUUAGUUUGUAUAGGAUUUAUAUGGUAAUUAGUUUUAUUUGACUCAACUGUUUUUAUUGUCUGAUGAAAUAUAAAAAUAAAUAAGGUUUCAAUGUGUUUUUAAAUUUUUCUACCAAAGUCUGUU